CUGCCCUGCCUCUUCAAAUACGAACUGGGCGGCGCCACCACUCUCGCCGCACUCACCCGGAGUCGGAGCGGAGCAUCCGAUCCUCCACCAGUCCACCACCGAGUGCACUCAGCCACACACCAGCUGUUGUGCCCUGUGCGGCGCUCUACUGAGCGAUACGCGGACUUGGCGGCGGCCAUGCCACUCUCGGAGCCGUCGGCGCCGGCCGUGCUCGCGGCGCUGCCGCGGGCGCUCUCCCUCGCGGCCGCGGCCGUCGCGGCCGCAACCGCGACCCUCCUCCUCAUCUCCGCCGUCUUCUCCACCCCCCACCACGCGGCGUCCUCCUCGUCCCCUCAGCUUUCCCCGUCCGCCAGCGCCUCCACCGCGGCGCCUGUGGCCCCGGCGCCCGCACACGCGCCCGACUCCGGCCCAGGCCACCCCCACCCCCCGCCUCCCGUUCCCCCGUGCCCUCCCAACGCCACCCACGACGUCCCCUGCCACGAGCCUCCCUCGCGCGAGCGCCACUGCCCCCCGCGCCCGCCGCCGCCGCCGCCUCUUCUUCCUCACCCGCCAAAGGACCCGCCGCCGCACCCUCCGCCGCACUGCCGCGUCCCGCCGCCGCCCAGGUACCGCCCGCCCCCGCCGUGGCCCGCGCGCCGCGACCGCGCGAGGUACGCCAACGUGGACCUCCCGCCGCUGCCCCCGGUUAAGGCGGCGGAUGGACAGCAGCAGGACCCCGUUCACGGUCGCGGGGAGUGGCUGCUGUUCACCGACGGGGUGCAGGGUUAUGUCGAGCGGCUGGAGCGCGUCGUGCCGCUCCGCGACGGCGUGGUGCACACGGCGCUCGACAUCGGAUGCGGGGUCGCGAGCUUUGGGGACUAUCUGCUCAACUAUGGCGUACUGACCAUGUCCAUUGCUCCGAGGGAUAGAUUUGAACCGCAGGUGCAGCUCGCCUUGGAGCGUGGACUGCCUGCAAUGAUCGGAGCGCUUGUUGCCCACAGGCUACCGUAUCCAUCGAGGUCCUUCGACAUGGUGCACUGUGCGGACUGCCGUGUCCCAUGGACUGCUCAUGAUGGGCUCUACAUGCUGGAAAUCGACCGUCUUCUCCAACCUGGUGGCUAUUGGGUUUUCUCUAAGCCACCCGUCAACUGGAAAUCUACAUACAACAUUUCGAAUCAAGGGACCAUAGACAAGCAGGACAAUCAAGUAGCUAUGGAUGACAUGUCGAAAAGGCUUCGUUGGACGAAGGUGUCUGAAGAGGGCACAAUUUCUGUUUGGAGAAAGCCUUCUUGUAAUCUCCAUUGCGACCAAGAAGCAAAUGCAAAGCUUGCUGGAUUGCCACCACUCUGCACAGGAGAAGACCCAGAUAGUGCCUGGUAUGCAAAUAUUUCAAUGUGUAUGACAUGUAUUCCAAGAGCUGAAACUUUUAAUGGCUGUGCUGGUGGUGCCAUGAAAAAAUGGCCUAAAAGACUUGGUGCAGUGCCACCAAGGAUAGCCAGUGGGGAAAUCGAGUGGCUGUCCAUUCAGAGAUAUAGAUACGACACUCUGGUUUGGGAGAAAAGGGUUAACUUCUAUCUCACGUAUCUAAAUUUUUUGUCUAAUGGAACCUACAGAAAUGUCAUGGACAUGAGUGCCGGUUCUGGUGGCUUUGCCGCUGCUAUGUCCAAGCAUCCUGUCUGGGUCAUGAAUGUGGUUCCUGCAAAUACGACAGAGAACGCCCUUGGUGUCAUCUAUGAGCGUGGUUUGAUUGGAACAUACACUGACUGGUGCGAGGCCUUCUCUACUUAUCCACGAACAUACGAUCUGAUACAUGGUAAUGGAAUCUUCAGCUCCCAUAUUCACAAGUGUGGGAUUAUCGACAUCCUGGUUGAGAUGGAUCGUAUUCUCCGGCCAGGGGGUGCCGUCAUAGUUCGGGACAGAGCCGACGUCGUUCUCAGAGUCAAGAAGGACGCCGACCGUCUACGAUGGCAUAGCCGAGUUGUCGACACUGAAAAUGGGCCUCUGGAUCCAGAGAAGCUCCUCAUUGUGGACAAUUCCCUGCCACUCCCAGGGAGCUGAAUAGAAGUGAGAGCACUAGCAAGAACCCGCAGGAUCAGAUCAGGCUUCUAGGUGACGGUCUGCUCAUGUUUCGGGAAAGAGCCGGUGGUCUGGUCUGCGACCUUACUACCUGUUACAGUAUGUCUUUUCGGUUUAAGAAGAUCUCACUACAUGUGCAGCAGAGGUACAGAUGAAGGGUCUACAGGCGACUGGGAUGUUUAUUACAUGUACAGACAGGUGUUGGAGAAACAAAAUGCUACGUAUUACCUUUACAGAGGAAGGGUUCAAGGCUAUUGGCUAUCGUACAGCGAGAGAUUCAGAAUUGCAUGCAGGUGUACCUACAUAUAUGACCAGUGGUCCAAUAUAUUGGAGUCAGUGACGACUCCAGUGGAUGCCAUUUCUUAGCUCCAAUAUGAUAUGCAGCCUGAUUUCUCAUGCUCGAACGACUAGCUGUGCAGUUAGAACUAUCCGGUCUCGAUUCUGUAGAGUAUGUCUACGUUGAGUGUACCUUUUUUUUUGGUAAAUCCAUUCAUGUACAUUUGUAUAGGUUGUUGUAUUGUAGAUCUUGUGAGCUGUGUUGUUUGGUCGCUAAGCAAUCUACGGCGUAUUAUACUGCGGCAUAGAGUGUACAGGGGAGGCCAGAUUACACCUGUGUCUGUGUGUGUCUCUGUCCUUCCAACUUUCCCGGUUCAGGCUGCGGUGCCGAGAGUGGGAUUGUGUUAUUUGGGGUGUUGUACAAGCCAAGUGAAUGUGCAGAUCGAGUAUGGACAUGAUUUCUUUCUUA